UGAUAUAUAUGCACAUUAAUUGACAAUUGACGAGGGAAGAAGCUGUCGUCUCGCUCUCCUGGACCCUCCCUACCCCCGACAUCGGCGCGACAAUGGCUGCGACCUUCGAUCAGUAUGACAAGUCGAGUUGGUACUUUGGUGCUAUGUCACGGCAAGAUGCAUCUGACCUGUUGAUGGGCGAGAAGGAAGGUGGUGUAUUUUUAGUGCGAGACAGCACCUCUAUACAUGGCGACUUUGUGUUGUGUGUGAGGGAGGAUAGUAAGGUCAGCCACUACAUCAUUAACAAGAUCCAGCAGGGAGAUCAGAUUCGUUAUCGGAUUGGUGAUCAAAUGUUUCCGGAUAUUCCCAGUCUUCUCGCCUUUUAUAAGCUUCACUACUUAGACACGACACCACUAAUUAGGCCAGCGCCAAAGAAAACACAGAGGGUAAUUGCCAAAUACGAUUUUGAAGGCAAUGACUCCGAAGACUUACCUUUUAGAAAAGGUGAUAUACUUACCGUAAUAUCAAAAGACGAAGAACAGUGGUGGACGGCUAGAAAUAGUGUCGGCCAAACUGGUUCGAUACCAGUGCCGUACGUUCAGAAGUACGAUGAGGAUAGUCAUAUGAUAAUAGAAAAUAAUUCCCGACCUGAGAGCGGUGGCAGUUCCGGCUCUAACUCGAAUUCAGGGCCUACGUCGCAGGUAUCCUCUCAUACAGAGACGACGGGACAGGGGACCGUGACGCGAAGAUCGAACAUUCAGAGAACACUGCCAGCCUUUGCCAAAGUGAAACAGGCAAGGGUGCCGAACGCGUACGAUAAAACUGCUCUAAAAUUAGAAGUAGGUGAUAUGAUAAAAGUGACAAAGACUAAUAUCAAUGGCCAGUGGGAAGGUGAAUUGCACGGCAAGGUCGGACACUUCCCAUUUACGCAUGUGGAAUUUGUAGAUAAUGAGACUGGUGAAGACAAUCAGGAGAUUUAACAGAAAUUCUCCAAGUGUGAUGUGCUGCACCACAUGUUCGACAAAGAAGGGAAGGAAGACACCUCCUAUAUUAUCAAAAUUUAGAGUUACUAAUAACAUCUAUUAUAUGUGCCAUUUCAAAGAGAUACCUCUAGCCUGAACAACUGUACGUUUGAUUGCUGCACGUAACAUUUUAUAGAAAUUCUUGAUUUUUUUGUGCAAUAUUGAAACAUAAGAAAUAUUUAGAGAUUUGUGUUAGUAUUUCUGCAGUAUGUUUAUAAUUUAGUUACAUAUCGAUCCAUCUUAUAUUGUACAUUGCUAAUUACCCAAAGCACAAAAUUUUAUAAAAGUUAUUAGAUAUAUAAUAGUACAUACUAAUCGUAUUUAUUAAUACGAUUUUAUUU